AUGAGACAAUUGAAGCCCCAUGAGCAGAAGCUUUUGCGGAAGGUCAACCUGUACCAGUGGAAACGGGACGACAACAACGUCCGAGAGGCGAAGAUUAUCCGGAAGUAUGGUAUCCAGGACAGAGAGGACUACACUAGGUAUAAUAAACUGUCGGGUUUGGUGACGAAAGUAGUAGCGCAGUUGAGGAAGCUGCCUGCUAGCGAUGAAGAGCGUAUCAAAAUGACUGAGGUUCUCCUCGACAAAUUGUACACUAUGGGAGUCAUUGCUACUGCAUCAUCACUGGACAAGUGCGUGGAGCUCUCGGCCUCAUCCUUUGCUAGGAGGAGACUUUCAGUGGUUGUAACUCGAAACCACUUCACUGAGCAGGUUUCACAAGCUAAUCGAUAUAUAGCGCAGGGCCAUAUUUCCAUCGGUCCUGAUGUUGUUACUGAUCCGGCAAUGCACGUCACAAGGGAGAUGGAAGACUGUCUGCAAUGGAGUCAGGGCUCUAAGGUCAAGCGUAACGUUAUGGAGUUCAACGAGGAGCUGGAUGACUUUGAGCUUAUGGGCUGA